AUGGAUUUAACACAAUCACAAGAAUAAGACAAAAUAAUACAAUACUAUUUAAACUAAUAAAUUAAAAAAGUUGCUGAUGAAAAAUCAUAACUCACUCAACAAUAAGAACAUGAAAGAAACAAAAUUAAAUUAUAAGUCUGGGAAUUUCUAAAUCAUUAAUAAUCCAUUUAGUAAUAAUCUCGUCUUAAUACAACACCUUUAAGUCUUAUAUCUAAUAAUUCUGCUUAAUCCGAUCGUUUCGAUAUACAAAUUGAUAAAUCUAAAAUUAAAUAAUAGAGUUAGAAAUUUGAAUAAUCCAUGCAAUUCUAAAAGGAUUAACCAAAUUAUCAAAUUAAUUAUCACUCCUUUGUUGAUUCUAAAGACUAAUAAUAUAAGUAAUUAGAUUUCCUUAUUGCCUAAUAUGAAGAAAAAACUAAAAAUUUACCUAGAAAUUAUUUCAAAAGACAAUAACCUGAACAUGCUUCUAAUCAACUCUAAUAGGAUCAGGAUGAUAAUGAUGAAUAGUAUAAUUAAGAUUUUGAAUAGGAUCAAGAGAUCUAAGAGCUCAUUGAAGAAGAAUUACAAGAAUCCUAAAUGUAAAUCCAAUAAUAAUCUUUAUAAGUUAAUUAAUAAGAUAACUAGACUGCUUAUAACAAUUUAAUCAAAUUAAGAAUUGAAAGAUUAGAUAAUAGUGUUGCUAAACCAGAUAAUUCCAAACUCAAUGAUUUAAGUAAAAUAUCUGAAUCAUUAAGUGAUUUGAAAGUAAAUCCUAAUGAAACUAAUAAAAUACUUGAAAUUAGUAGAUAAGUUGAUGCUUCCAAAUAAAAUACUUUUAAAUUUGAUCAAACUCUCAUUUAAACAAAAUCUAAUGAUGAACUAUUGUUCGAAUAAUCCUAAUAAUCUAUGUCAUCUAAAUUAUUAGAAUUAUCUUAAUAAUAAUCUAAAUUUUAUGAAAAAUAAAGAAUUGAUUAUCCUUAAAUUCCUUCCCUUGAUUAAGAAUUCUCAUAUAAAAUUUAAGACCAAUCUCAAAUUUCAAGGUCUUUUUAUCCUAAUAAAUAACUUGAUCAUGCUUCUAAAUUUGAUUAAUCAAAAUAUUAGUAAUCUAACUUUGAUUAAACUAAACAAUAGUCAUAAAUAAAUUAAUUUGAUUAAAUUUAAAAAAGUAAUUUAACUAGCGAUAUUUAAUUUAAACUUAAUUAAUAAGAACAAUUAUAUCGAUUACCAGAAUAAUCAAAAAAUUUUGAAAUUCAAGAGAAAUCUAAUCUAUCAAAUUAAAUAUAGUCUAAAUUAUUAGAAUAAUAACAAAAUUAUUAAUAAUCUCAUUAACCUUCUAAAUUUAGUGAACCAACAAAAAGAAAUUAAUCAUUUGAAUUUGAUAAAUAAUAAUAUUAUCCAAAUUACACAUGUGCAAAUUCUAAUGUAACAAAAUAGAACAAACUUUCAUCUGCUCUUGAAGAUGAUAACAAAAAUCAACAAUUUUAGUUGAAUUAAUAAAAUAACAAUUAUCUAGAAGAUGAAGAAGAAGCAUUCUCAGAACAAGAAGAAGAAGAUAAUAAAUAAUUUUAUUAAUUUAGUAUUAAAUUUGAAGAAUAAGAUGAUAAAGAAAAAUAAAAAAAAUUUGAAGCUUUAAAGAAAAAGAAAUUAUAAGAAAUGGAAGAAUUAAAAUAACUUCGGUAAUUAAGAAAUAAAGAAUAAUAAUAACAAAAUAGUUAACAUAAUAAGCGUGAUCAAUCUCCUCUUAUGCCUAGUGCAUCUUUAAAAAGAUUAUAAUAACAACAACAACAAUAAUAAUAAUAAUAAUAAUAAUAAUAAUAAUAAUAAUAAUAAUAAUAAUAAUAAUAAUAAUAAUAAUAAUAAUAAUAAUAAUAAUAACAAUAAUAACAAUAGUAAUAUUUAUUUCAAUAAUAGUAAAAUUCUUAAAAUCAAUUUUAUUAGCAACAAUAAUUUUAGUAAAAAAAUAUACUUUAAGAUAAUUAGCCUUAUGUAAUUUAAACUUCAUAGCCUUAAUCAAAACGUAAUGCUUCGGCUAAUAGAAAAUCUCCUAUGGCCAGAUAAAAAGAAACUGCUCAUUUUGGUUAAGAUAUAGAUAGAUCUAUUUCUGUGGAGAAAAACAAAAAAAAUAAUAAAACAAUCCUAAAAAAUGCUAUAACAUAUGUUUGUUUAGCUGGAGAACCUAACAAAAGAGAAAGGGAAGCUAUCUUAUAAAAAUUAGAUGGAGUUGAAGCAGAGCAUUUUAUCUUAUUAUUUAAAACAUAUGGUCGAUCGGUAAGAAAUAAAAAAUAUUAAGGACUUUCGAGGUUUGUAUGGCUAUGCUGUAGACUCAUAACCUUAUUUAAUAUUUGGAUAAGGAAAAUGCCCUUAAGUUUUAACUUCUGAGAUGGUGAAAACAUUUUUCAAAUAUGAUUCUGGAGCUAAAUAAUUUAAAGCAAUAGAUGGAAAUAAGUAAUUUACUAUAAUGGUUGAUGCUGUUUAAUUAAGAAAAUGA